AUGGCCGCGCCCGUGCCCGCCCCCGCCCCGCACCUCCCGCCUCCGGCCACCUCGACCGACACCGCCGUGGCGGAGAUGGUGGCGACCACCCACAUCGGCCAAAAACGGAGGCGGGCGGGCACCCACGUCGUGCCAAGCAAGCCGCCCGUGCUCGCCCCCGCGGCGAAGGCGGCGAAACCGGCGGGGAAGGCGGUGAAGCCCGCCAAGCUGGCAACCUCCACCGUGGCUGCUCCCAAGCGCAAGGAGAAGCAGCUUGCAAGCCGCAAGCGGGGGGCAGAGCAUACCGCGGCACCGCCACCGCCACCACCAAGAACGGCCGCUCCAACGCCGUCAACCGCGACCGACGUGUUCGAUGAAAUGUCCGCACCAACCGUGUCAUAUAGGGCCUUGCUCGACGACGCGGAGGUGAACAUUGGGUCUCCUCCACUUGCUUCCUUCGACUUCCAUAUUGAGGAGCCGGCGGGUGAGGAGGAGGAAGAAGAUGAAGAUGUCACCGAGAUCUGA